GCUAUGACGUCACUUUUCGUUCUACAUGACGUUAUUGAAAUAUAGUAAUAUCCGAAAGUUAAACGUUUCCCUUCCGGAUUUGGAACAUCCGGGGUAUUGCAAUGGAUGCGCCCAUGAAACAAAAAUUGUGCAAUACUGAAUGUUUAAAAAAAUUAUUAGUUAAAGAUCUUAGAAUAACCCAACAAUGUUCAAAGACAGUUUAGCGAUAAGUAGAGUUAUUGGUACUGUGUUGGUUGGAGGCUUGGCAGCAUAUUUAUAUCUUAGAUUUAAAGACACAAAGAAGUAUAAACCAUAUAAAAGAAAAAAGGAAAUAUUCCUUAUAGACACUGUUGAAGAUUAUGAAAGUUUUAUUAAUACUGUCACAAUUGAAAAGGUUUUAGGACUAGAUUGUGAAUGGGUGUCCUUUAGUGGUAAGAGGCGUCCUGUUGCUUUGUUACAAUUGGCUACACAACUGGGACAAUGUGCAUUGAUUCGUUUGGAUCGAAUGGACUCUUUUCCUAAAUCAUUAAAAGAUAUAUUGGCAGAUAAAAGUAUACUGAAAGUAGGAGUUGCAGUUAAAGAAGAUGGCAAAAAACUUCAUCUUGAUUAUGGGCUAGUAGUAAAUGGAUGUGUAGACUUAAGACAUGUCCUUAAUAGAGUCAGAGGAAUAUACACCUGUCGUAGUAAAGGACUACAGGGCCAAGCUGAGAGUAUAUUAGGAGUAAUGUUAGAUAAAAGUAACCGUAUAAGAUGUGGAGACUGGGAAGCUGAUGAUUUUUCACAAGAACAGAUAGAAUAUGCAGCCAAUGAUGCGCUAGUAGGUGUAGAUAUAUUUAUGAACUUAAUCUUGGCCAAAAUGUGGGGCAAGAAACCAGAUAUUAAUAUAGAAGAUAUUUUCACCAUUGUUGAUGAAACAGAAUUUUGGACCUUUACGAGGUCUUUGGUACAAGGGACAGUAGAUGUUAAUGUUGGAGGAGCAUGGAAUUCUAAAAAUCCUGCUUACAAAGGACCACAACUAACAAAUGAUGAAGAGAUAUCUGUCAAAGAUAAAGAAACAAGAGCUUAUGUAUUACGACAACGGCCAUUAUACUACAACUGUUACCUUUUAGCUCCUGAUGGAGAAAGUCUGUGUACCUGUGAUAUAAAAAAGGCAGAGUGGUAUAUAGAAAAGGGUUUAGCAGACAAAGUAAAUGAUGACCCAUUCACAGUUCAAUUAAAAUUUGAACCAGCUGGUCGUCCGGCAUCUAAAGAUGAUUAUUAUUUACAAGAGAAAGAAAACAUUUGUGUAGUUUGUGGAUCAAAAGAAUCCUAUGUACGAAAGCAAGUAGUUCCUAAAGAAUAUAGAAGAUAUUUUCCUCCAUCACUGAAGGACCAUGCCUCCCAUGAUAUACUGUUACUAUGUAUGUCAUGUCAUGUUAGGAGCACACAGUAUGAUACAACUCUUAGGUACCAGUUAGCAGAUGAAUGUAAUGCACCUAUAGAUGAGGGAUCUGGAACUAAACAAUUAAGUGACCAGGACUUACAAAAAGUUAGAUCAGCUGCAAGAGCAUUGUUAAAUCCAAAAGCUAAAAUUCCUGAAUUAAGAAAGACAGAAUUAAAGAAGACAUUAGAAGAUUUUUAUGGAAUAACAGAUUUCUCACCUGAAAUACUGACACAGGCAGCAGAAAUUGAAUACAGGGUUGAUAACAAGAACUAUGAACCACAUGGUAAACUGGUGGUUAGAUAUAUGGAAAAAAAUGGAGGAUUACAUACGUUUGAAAAAAGAUGGAGGACAAAUUUCAUAAGCACAAUGAAACCCCAGUUCCUUCCAAAAUAUUGGUCCAUACAUCACAGACAUGAGCAACAUAAACAAUUAGAGGUCAUUGAAUGAGCUGGAAGGUCACACAUUGUGGUUGACAAUAGAGAUUAUAUUCCCCAUGGCAAGCUGGUUGUGAGAAGUAUAAAGAAGAGUGAAGGAUUACACGAGUUUCAGAAAAGAUGGCGUCAGCAUUUUGUUAAUACAAUGAAACCACAAUAUCUGCCAACAAAUUGGUCUAUUGAUCACAAACAUGAAA